UGUUAUCAAUAACUUGUCGACGAGGUUGACGUAAACAAAUACAAGUUACGACUACCUCCUAAACAAGUCGACCCAAGACGUGUACUGUUGUUGUACACUUGUACUGGUGGUGUUUGGCCACUUUGUUUUCGUGGCAAAUUAGUUAAUUGGUAACAGUUAACGGCCGACUGUUCGCUGUAGUUGUGUAAAUUCUGUCAUCUCUCUUCGCCCGAACAGGAAAUAGGAAUAUCAUUUUCCCUGGACUGUUGACAUCUUAACUGCCUCUGAACAGUCAGAUCUAUUCAAAAAUGAGGAACUCACGUACCAACAAGCCAAAGGAGACCAACAAACAGAAGAAGGAAAGGAAGAAGGAAUUCUUGGAAAACAAAAAAAAUGUCGUCUCUGUCGUGUUGCCCACACUAACCGUCAUAUUUGCUCUCAUCACGUUAUUCAUCUACUUGAAGGUGCAUCCAAAUGCAUUGAACUUCAUGGCUUCUGAGAAAUCACUUUGAACAAUGGAUCAAAUUAUUACAAUAUCAUAUCUUAUCCAUUCCCUUCUGUUGUACACUUAAUUAUCCCCCAAUUUAAGUUUCAAUGAUUUUUUUUUAGUUUAUUGCAUUUGUUAAUAAUAAUAUGUUCUAUGCGCCCCAUAAUUGUGCGCUUACAUUUCAGAUUAAUGAUACAAACAUUAACUUUCAAACAUCAUGUUAAUAUUUAAUAUAUCCUGGUGAUAUAAAUUGACAAACCAUUUUAUCAUGUUAUUCAAUAAUAUUUGUAUUAAAAUGUACCGAACAUUGCGUAUAUUUUAUUUUAUUAGUAAUUAAAUUCAUUAUACUUAUUCUAUUUUUGAAAUUUAAUUAUAUUUAUUUUAAGACUGUUGUUUUAUAAUCUGUUUGUUUUUGAUUUCAAACUUUUAACCACACCUUAAACCAUUUGUCUAGAUGGUUUUUAAUAAAAUAUAAAUCAAAAGAACAUUAAAUUUAAAUUUCUGGUUUUUAUGAACUGAUGGUAGUUUUAUUUUAAUUUAAGCUUUAAUUAUUAUUCACAUUGGACAAUACAAAACAUUCUAUUAAACUUUAAUUUAUAAUUAUAAUUAUUAAUAAUGUAAUAGGUAGGUAUAUUAUAUAAGUAUAUAAUUAAUAUUCAUACACAAAAUGGGAUUAGUUUAAUACAAUUAAAUCAAUAAAUUAUAUUUGAUUACAAUUCAUUAUACUUAAUACUUAAAAUAAUGGUGAAAAUAAAAGUAAGUUAAAAAAUAUA